AACCUUAAUUUUUCUUCCCUUAUGGUUUCUGGAUUGAAAAAGGGGUUUUACAGAAUUUGUUGGGCUGUAAUCCAGCUAGGGGAAUUGAUCGCUGUAAUCAAGCGAGGAAAUUGAUCAACCAUUUCGUGUCAGACAUGGUUGAUUGUAACAUAAACGAUAACAAAGAAACCCUGCCAGAAAUGGAGGAUGCCAUUUCUGGCAAGGACGACACAAAUGGAACUGAAGCAAUAAAGGACAUGCUCGCAGAAAGAGAGAACUUGGUGACUCCUGGAGAGGAGCUAGACGUCCGUAGUUGCACUAAGAGUGAGUCCCCAGGCUCAAGCAUACUUGAUGCUAAGAGUCUUCAGGUGCAGAAUGAAGAAGACCGCUCUGCAGAUAAAAAGGUUUUCUUCAAAUCUCCCACCAUUGCCUUCGAAGCUGACGGUGAUGUAAAUGCUAGUGAAUCUCAAGGCCUCGGUGGAUGUAGGGACAGUACUAGUCUUGAUUCUACUGAACAACUGGACUCCAUAGUCCAUUAUGAGGGUCCUGUGAAAGUAAGACCUGAUGAUGAAGAACCUAAAAAACGGAAUGAUGGAGUGACUGGGGGGGAGUUGUGUGGAAUCCAUCGGGCAACUCACCUGGAAUCAUGUAUGGUACAUGCUACUGGAACAGGGGAACUAAAAAUGGGAGUGAAGAGGUGUGGCUCAUUCUCAAGCAAUAAAGAAAUGGAGGAGAACCUGGAGGGAGGAGAAAUUCUGAGGCAGGCAUUAAUGGAAAAUGAAACGAAGGAGGGAUUGGAUGAUGUGCUGACAGAGACGGAGAUGCUAUCAGCCAGUAAGACUAAGGAUGAAUUUCUAAAGCCCGAGUUGGACGUGGAACAUGAUAUUGAUGUGAAAACACCAGCCAAGAACUUUCUACUGGAUACAAAUCCCACAGGGGAAGAUGAGUCUGGAACAGAAGAAGAGCAAGCUGCAUUUAUGAAAGAGCUAGAAACUUUCCACAAAGAAAGGUGCUUGGAGUUCAAGGCCCCACGGUUCUAUGGAGAACCAUUAAAUUGUCUCAAGUUGUGGAGAGCAGUGAUCAGACUUGGUGGUUAUGAGCAGGUAACAUCAUGCAAGCUAUGGCGACAAGUAGGAGAAUCGUUCAAACCCCCCAAGACUUGUACUACUGUCUCUUGGACAUUCCGAUGUUUUUACGAGAAGGCCCUACUGGAAUAUGAAAAGCACAAAAUGCGUAGUGGUGAGCUUCCUUUCACUGAUGCUGCUUUUGCAGAACCUACUAGUGCUGGAAUCCAGAACUUGUUCUUGCAGGGGAAUCAAGCCUCUGGAUCAGGUAGAGCAAGAAGAGAUGCUGCAGCUCGAGCCAUGCAAGGUUGGCAUUCUCAACGUCUUCUUGGUAAUGGUGAGGUUGGAGAUCCUAUCAUUAAGGAGAAGAACUCAGUGUCUUUGCCAAAGCGUGAAAAGCAACUUAAAAGCAUUGGUUUGAAGCGGAAAAAGCCAUCUCCCAUGGAGCAUGCUGUCAAAGUUACUGGCGUGAAAGUAUCAAAACCGCAUUUGGAGACGAUGGUGGUGGAUAUUGGCCCUCCUGCUGACUGGGUGAAGAUCAAUGUGCAGAAAACUAAGGAUUGCUAUGAAGUCUAUGCUUUAGUUCCUGGCCUUUUGCGUGAAGAGGUUCGUGUGCAGUCUGAUCCUGCUGGACGCUUGGUUAUCUCUGGCCAACCUGAACAGCUGGACAAUCCUUGGGGUGUUGCUCCAUUCAAAAAGGUAGUCAGCCUACCUUCAAGAAUUGAUCCUCACCAGACCUCUGCUGUAGUUACCCUGCAUGGGCAGCUCUUUGUGCGUGUACCAUUUGAACAAUCAAAUAUGUAAGCUGGGGUGAGCGGCCUCAUACAUUAUCAGAUGGCACCCUGGGGUGACUUGUUUUGCGAGAUGGAGGUGUGAAUUUGAAUUUGGCUUGAUAGUGCAAGUUGUGCUUUUUAGUGCGGGGUAAAUGGUAGGUUUCAUAGUUUGCUCAAGACAGUGAUGUAUUUUAGAUAGCAGAAGCUGUCAUGCCAUUUCUUCUAAUCCAUCUCCUAUGCUACUUCAAUCCCACAAUCUGUUAAUUUUUGUACAAAAUCUUGCCACAUCGCUAACACCUUGAGUAUGAGAGAUCUUUCUGAACCUCGAA